AUGUCGGCGGAAGGAGGCGCGUGGGGGUGGUAUGGCGCCGGUAGACGACGCGCAUCAUCCGACAUCGCAGGCAGAACAGAGCGCGCAAACCUGGCCUGCACGCCUCGUCGAGCGUGGUGGAAACUGGGGCUAGCGGGGUACACCAGCGAAACCGAUCUGCCUCGGCGUGGUUUGCUCUCCCCCGUUACCCGGCAGCAUGCAGCGCACCGCCUCCGAGAAGGGGACGGCUUGGGGGCGCAGGAAGCAUUCCGCUGCCACAGUGGCGAGGACGAUACCCGCGGGUGCAAGUUUGGGUCUCUGGAGGCGGUUGUGUUAGGCGACAAGGUGCCGAAGCUUAGAGCGCGCACAGGGCGAGCAGGCGGCGAUGCCGCAGGCGAUUCCACCGAUCUCUGUGCGGGUGAGAGCCAGGGCCCGCUGUUCAUGGGGCGCGUUGCCUCCGCCCCUCUGCUUGAUCGCUCCUGCGGAGCGCAUGGUUUGAGGGAGGAAACCCCAGGCUCGACGCCUCCAGGGUCUGUAGCAGUGUCGUGCACAGGACUACCACAAUUGCGUGAGACGGCGAGCAGAGGGGGGAUUCAGGCGCGUGGCGCGUGCUCCUGUCCUCACUGCUGCGAACAUGUUUCACACGCCAUUCCGCCAACCGCUUCUCCGCCAGGCUCUACACUAGGCGAGGGGGCAGGACGUCGCCAGAGGGCCUUUUCGUUGAAGAAGUACCACGAGGAGCCGCGGGGGAGCUGGCGGCUUCCGGUCUCACCGCGAAGCAUUACGGGAAGGCGCGAAGAGCGCAAAAAUAGGGUACCCUUGAAAAGAUAUUUUCGUCCUCAGUGUCCCCAUGGGAGAGCAAUGGAACGAGCGGGCCAGCUAGAUACGACCAGCACGCGCGCAGCCGUCUUUGCUGACCGCUCAGCUCUGCGACGAUUGGCGCUGAGAAGAGGAAUGAAAGGCACGUCGAUAUGGACACGCGCACUGGAGCUCCUGAACAGUACGAGAAGCACUAACAUUGCUCCAGGAGCUGCCGACAUUGACGUGUACUCCUUUGUCUUCCAUCUCGCAUCGGUUCUUGGAGCGCAGCCGCUGCUUCCAGACCAAUCCUUUCAGCGCAUCUUGGACUGCCCAAGCUUCAGUGUAGCCGCUUACACUUUUCGACCGCACACUGUUGAGUUUUCCGAACGGGCGCGGCAGUCAGUGUUGCCUGGUCACUAUCUCGGCCUAGGGCUUGUCUCACCGCUCCAGCGCUCCUUGCAUCCUCGAACUUGGUUAUGGCGCGCGAGCGCCAGUAUCGCUGAACUUCGCAGUACUACGAGCCGGGUCCGCUCCUGGGCAGAUCCCAGCCGGCGGCGCUCCGAUGAGGCGACGGCUGGCGAACGCGCUUCCCAUUCGCAUGCAAGGCGUCUAGCAUGGCAGGCGGGGCCGCCGUCUUCACCUCUCCUAGGCAUUCCCAGCUCGUGUGGAAUGCGCGGCUUUCACCAGGCCGGUCAGGCGGAACACGCCCGCAAGCUGCAACAAUGCCGGAUCAAAGGCGACGAGUCAUCAACUGGCGGAGGAGCUCCGGCACAGCCCCCUUUAGUGUCGCAGCACUCCCCGCUUCGCCGUUUCGCCUCUAUGUCCAGCGUCGUCUCAAGGCUGGGAAGCGCCGCCCAAAAACUACAGACAUCCGCGCGAGACACAUUGGUCAAUACGCAUACAUGUCGCGACACGAGUGCUUACGUGUGUCGGCGGUCCACGCGCAGGGACGCCGAUCACGGCUGGGACAUCGGAAGCAAUGUGUCGAGGGGGCCAGAGGGGACAGGAGCCCGUGAGGCAGAUGCACCAGGUGCUCUGCACCCUUCAGUGGCCUGCCAGAGCUGUAGCACUGGUGGAGGGGCAGCGCCGUGCCAUAGCGAAUCCUGUGACGCGUUGUUGCGGACGACGGGGAAAUCCUCGUCACGGCAGCGGGCGUUGUUUCCCGAAGGAAGCGGAGAGGCGUGGCCGCGUGCCAGACCUUUUACAGGGGAGGAUCAAACUGUGGAAAUCGGAGGCGGGAGUAUGUGGGUUGACAAGCGAUCCCCGCGAGCUGACCCUUAUCCAGAAUCCUCACGGUUACGCCAAAGGCCUUCUUCGCCAAUAAAUGGCAAGCCUCACGCCGUGGCAAAUGGCUCAUCGCUUCUCGCUGCAACAGCUGCCGCGCGGGGACCCUUAAAACGCACCAUAGCUCUAGCGGUGACGGUGUACGGCAAGACGCGCGAUUUUCUCUCAGAGGAAGAUCCGCUUUUCUUUGAGAUUGGCAUAGAGCCCCCUCUCCGAAUCGGAAACCGUUUGCUCGACUCGGUUAACAUCUGGCUGACUCAGCCAACAUCCUCACCAGAAGCCCCAGCCGCUGGCACACACCAGCACAGCGGCCGUCUGUACCAGACGUUCGCCUCGUUGUCCCACUUCGGCUCUCACCAGCCCCAGAGAACUGAUGCAAUUCGAGUGCCGCAUGAUAGCCGCUUGAUUCGCAGGGACGGCUCACGGUCGCCAACAGAAUCAUGGCGCCGGUCAUCGACAGAGGCCUUCUGCUUUCCAGCGGCGAGCGGCCUAUUCGCUAUCUCCCACCCGCGCACGCAUAAUUCGCUCUCGUCACUAGAUCUGUCGUCAUUUCCAAGGGCACUAAGCGCGAGCUUGGAGUGUCUGCCUGAACGCCUGUACAGCUCGUGUGACUACACGCACCCGCCAAGUCCUGCCUCGCUGCGUGGAAUGCAAGCGCUUAGCAUUUCGCCUGCGUCGGCGGCGGCGGCACCUGCAGGACGCGUGUCGAUGCUCCUGCGGCCUGGAGAAGAUGCGGCAGUCGAGGAGGCGUGCACGGCCUUGACCGUCGAAUUCUCUAUUGCUAGUGCAAAUCAUCCGUAUCGCCAUAUCUAUGAGUCGAAAGGGUUCUCCUUGGGCCAGGCAUUCAGCGAUGAAUCGGCGGUCCUCGGCACGAAGCUCGUCCUGCAUCGCUCGAACAUUGUUGACUCACACGACCGGCCUGUAGCCUCAGGUCAUCCUCUUCACCGUGUAUUGGCCGGAAUGGCUCCACCAUACAUCACAAUAUCCGCCGAGACAGCCAGCGGGUCGGUCAGUGGUGACGCCACAUGCCCAACAGAGUCGCUGGAGCAGAUUACGGGGGUAUCGACUGCGCACUCGGGGUCGCGUUCUAAGCCGCAUUUUACAUGUCCGUUCUCCAGGAACGCAACAGAUGCAAAGCGCCGUGCAGCAACUGCGGAAGUGUGGCCGCUCCUCGAAGACACGGCCGCGUCACGGUCGCUUGGUGCAAGCGACGCCGGCAGUCUCGUGGAUCCGUGCCCGCAAGAUAUACGCGAGGAGGGACGAAAGGCGAGCAUGCGUUGGAGAUUGGUGGCUUACACUGGAGCGCCCGCAGAGACCGACAAGAGAGAGACAGGGCGGGCUUUCUGUCUUUCUUGGCGGUCGGCCUCGUCAGCGCGCCACGGAGCGACCGGGUGUCCGCCUUCGCCGACUAACGCGGUACAGCCGUCUGCUUCAGCUCUUGCUUCCUGCCUCAGUGGCCGUGGGCUUCGAAGCAUCCAGUCCCUCCCCGUUGGUAGGGUUUCGACAGCCUGUUGCGCCCCCCGCAUGUUCAGUGUGGCUCAGUAUACGCUCCCGGAGUGCAGAGAAGACUGGGUUGUACCAGGCGACCGCCAGCCAUCGCUGCCGUUCGGGGCGUCCGCUGAAGAGGAUUCGCCAAUAUCGGUGGACGCCGAGCCGCCGAGCAUGCCCCUGAGAGCGGCUCUGCAACUGGCGUGGGGAAACACAUCUGAGGAGGCGGGCCUGAGGACGUUUGUCUGGCAGACGUCGGCCCGAACUGUGAAGCUCUUUGCACCGUUCUGGGUAGUGAAUAGGCAUCCACAGCCCCUUCUUGUGGUUCAGCCCAGUGUUGGCGUUCCCCAGAGACUCGAUAGCACAGACUGGCGGGUGAUCAGCUGUGAGAGCUCAGGCGCGACGUGUUCCCUUCGCCUCGGCGUGGCUGAGCCUCUCCACCUGAGCGCAUUCGUGGGGACGCCGGCGGAGCGCAGCAGGCCUUCGGAUGGCGAGAAAGACGCAGCCAGCACCGAGACACCUCAGCGGAGGCAACACGAGAGAGCAGCCGAUCACGCCGCGAAUGACGGAGGAACUGGACGCGGCCAGAUCUCGUCGGGGCACGCGGCGAAGAGCGACGAGCGGUUUACUACGUUUCCUGAACGGCAAACGUGGGGCGCCAGCGACCGCAGAAAUGGAACAACAGAGGUAGAUUCUUGUCCUACGGAGAGGAAGGAGGGAGCGGAAGAAGAGAAGGAAGAAGCCGAGGGCGAUGCCCAGAGUAGCGAAUCCGCUCGGCUGUUCAAGCGCGGACCUGAAGAGAGACAGCAGAACCACAGCGACGAGACGCAGGCACGCGCAGUGGAAGGCGGCUCGACUCUUCCUGAACGAUCCUCUGCCGUCGCCGUCGGUGCCUUGUCUGCGCCCUUUCGGGUGGACACUGCGGGGCGCGUAACACAAGUUGUCGUGCCGAAGGGGGACGCAAGGCGGAGCAUCUUUUGGGGCUGGCUCAGCCACAGUUCUCGCGCGACCUCGCCUACCGACACAGCUUCAGUGCACAGCCGCCCGCACUGGCUAGGAGUGACAGUCUCCAGGGCCCCUCCACCUUUUGUCCGCACAAACAUCAUAAACGUAUUCAGCCGAUUCACGCUUGUCAACAACCUAUCAUUCGACCUGUGGAUUGCCGAAGGAGGGUCGGCGCGUCCGACUGGCGCGUGCCACGCCAGCACAGACUGCGAGGCAGAAGCUCCGGGUCGUGAGGGGCGCCCAGGGAACGAAUGUCAGGGAGGGUGCUCCAGAGGCGCCGUCGCCAAGGGUGAAGGAAUUAUUCAGUUGGCAUCUGGUCACCAGGUGGCAUUUCAUCCCAGCCAAGGGACUCGAAGUGGAGGCCCGUCCAUAAUCUUCUCUCUUUUAUCACCCAUCCUGGCGGCCGUAACGGCUAUCCCUCUGCAGCAAGUCCAGACGGAACUCAGCGAACAGAAGGCAGACGGCUCUAAAUGUGACAGACAGGUGGAAGGAGGCACAGGGGCGCACGGUGGAAGAGGAGAGGUACGCACGGUACUGCGAAAGGCGCGUGGAGAACAUGCCGUUCUGCAGGACAGUUCGACAAAAGACGGUGGAGGCGGAGACCUGCGGGCGAUGUGGGGUUCUAUCGAGGAGCGAACGGGCGACGACGGCGCUCCCAGAGUGCCGAUGGUGCCAGAUAACAAUCCGCUGGCCACGGCGACAUCUGUCACGAGUUCCUCAGCGCGAAAGGCAGGCCUGCCACAGUUCUCGUCCUCGCUUUGGGAUGAAGGCGAAGUCAUGUCGUCAAACGAGUCCGCAGGCUCCUCGCCUAAUACCGAGUGCACGUCGCCUGCCCGCGUGUGCCGAACUGGGUGUCAGGCUGCCAACGGCCGACCUCGUUCUCCACCGACGGGCACUCUAGCUUCGUCUUCUCGCUCUCGAGCGCAGAACGGAGCUUCUGCACAACGAAGAUCCAGCGAACCGCCCAGCGCCUCCUGUCGAACCCACGCGUGGUCGUCUGAGAUCCUCAUCAACCGCGUGUGCCGCUUUCAAAUUCGUCUACGUUGCUCCCCUCAGGGAGGCGCGAGUCGAAAAGAUGAAUCGGAUGGCGGUCAGAGGGGACACGCUACCGCCCAGGGCCAGCCAAUCCCAAGAACAAAAAAACCAAAGGAUGACAAAGCACCGGCGUAUCCUGGCCAGCCUGGUCCGUCCACUGCAUUGUCUAUACGGGGAGGAGCCCAAAACUGCUGGCGCCCCGUUCACACAGAGGAUGCAGGGAUCGGCAACGAGAGUGCCCACGCAGUGGAGGAAAACACGGGGAACGACACACCGAUAAUGCCGAUGAAUGGUCUUCGUUUGCCUUCCAUGUUCGGCAAAGACCCUUACCCGGCGCCGCUAUCGGGGCGCGGUGCACGACGCGCGGAAUCAGGCCGGCAGACCGGUGAAGUGCAGACGCUGCACGGAGUGGCAGAGCGACCGUCCGCCACAGAUUCUCCGGUCCAUUCCGGAUGGUCAAGACGCGCGUUCAGCAUUGUGGAGGUUUCCAUCCGAGCUGUGGAGGACGCAGCUCUGUUUGUGUGCUUCUCCAAGCCGAAGAGGGCCGAGUUCCUUCUCGUCAAUCAGAGCCGGCGUGUGGUGCAGUUCUGCCAGGCAGGGGCAGGCAUCAAACGCCAAGCCCAAAAAGACUUUCUCCUGCCCGGGGAAAAAUGCGACUUCGCGUGGCAGGAGCCCCAGCGCACUCGUCGUUUGAUGCGUUUUAACGUCGUCGAGAGAGGCCACGUUUAUAGCCGCACGUGUGAGAUCGAGAAGGUGAAGCAGCACCGGUCCCUUCAGCUCCCCAAACGGUCUCGGCGACGCUCUGUGUCCAGCCUCAAUGGUGACGCAGCCCCCUCCAACGGAGGCCUCGGGAACGACCGCACGCCGCCACCGGCACGUACUGGCGACAAGCUUUUCUUCGUCACCGAUGUACAUCAAGGCCGCCGAAUCGUGAUCAUCUCGGAUGUCUGCCCCCGAGCGCCAUCGCACGUCAAAAGCCCUUCGUGGGCGGGAAGCGCCCAUCGUGCGGCCUACCGUAGACGGUCGCCACAUCAGCCAAAUCCCCGCUCUGUGGCGGACACUGUGGCAAACCUCCCACCUGGGAAUCUGACGCAAGACGCAGAACGAAUCUGCGGUGAGGAUUGCACUUACAGCAGAGUUGAUGACGGAACCUGCGACAGGCGCGACUACAGAAGAGGCGACAGUUCUUCGUCUGGUCUGGAAACGAAUCAGCGCGGCUUCCCCAAUGAAAUCACCUUGCUGAAGCGUCUGUCUCUUAUAUCGCGGCAUCUCACCCGUAGGAGCAGUUUCCACAAGCAGAAUGCACGGGGUGUCCAUCGUGUGUGUGACUCGUACUCGGGGCGCGAACAGCAUACAGGCGCAAGCGAUACAGGCGGACCGUGGAGCGAUGACACGGGCGUGGCAGAUAUGCCUUACAGAGCACGCCUCGCGAUGGAAUUGGAUCGACCACGAACUGAAUGCAAAAGCUGGAGUGAUUGUGACGACGCCGGCAGGCGGCGUUACACGCCUGUGAGGCGACGAAGCACUCCAGAGGUGCCUCUCAGCCAGAGCCUCAUCAUCGAGCACACCUGCCCUCCACAACAGAAGUCAUGCGGUGGCUCGAAGGUGGCAGGUCUCGGGAGUCUGAAGGUACUCGUGGGAAUGCGCAGUGCUAAAAAGCCAGUCACAGGAGUUGCCUCAAGACGUCAUGAGAAGACAAGGGAAGAUGACAUUCUUUCCGCUCCAGGCGAACUGCGAGAGGGGGUUGCCUCGGCGACGGGACUCCAGUCAGGCCUACCGUUUCCUCAGGCCGUCGCACCAUUUGAAGCGACACGCGCCCUUGUAGAGACACACACCCUUCCACACGGCCUAGCAGACAGCUUAUCAGGAAGGGGCACACUGAGGUCACUUUCCAGGAUACCGCGGAUGGCCGCAACUUGGGACAGAUCGAAGAAGAACUCUUUUGCGUCGUUUGUAGGGAGGUCAAGGGGGAGUGGGGAAUCCGUCGACUCGGAUUUGUCUCACCGCGCGCCAUCUUCGUCACUCCGCCAACACCUGGGUGCCGAAGAAGCGGUGCGUGCGACCUGCGGCAUUUGCAGCGCAGACUCGUCGCAGUUCUGCCCGGCGUUCGCAACCUGUUCUCUCGGUUCCCAGCUUGCUGCUGCAGGAGAGAGCCGCGGAGGGGGAGGCGCGAGGCCAGCGCAAGGAAGCCAGUUGGCCUUGCGGCGUCCAAGCGACAUGCGGGCGAGCUGGCUCGGCCGGAUGCGGAAAGGAAGCAGGAAGGGAGCCGCCCAGAUGCAAGAGAUGUCACGCGAGGACUUCAGCUUGCAAACGAUUGGUGCAGCACCCCAGAUGGGUGGACGUGUCCCCCGGAGCCCCCGGCUCUACUGUGUCCCUCCCCUCUUUUUGGAAGCCGGCGAAAGAGGACUGUCACCUACCAGACCAUGCUUUAUGGAGCCAAUGGAUCGGCGAGACAGCUCCUGCAGCAGCCGGAGUGGCAGCCUAGACAGAUUCCUGUGUCACGUGCUUCCGCGGGCGAGCGACAGUGAAUCCGAGUACGCUUUCUGCGGGUCGGACGAACCAACGAAGCGUUUCCGUCGACGGCAGGGCUACAUGCGUGAGCGGUCAACGGGCGUGAACGCGAGUGCACAUGGGCGAGACAACACUGGAACUCUGAGACACCUCUCGGAGCCUGGGGCAGACGGAGUAGGUGAGGUGGGGAUGACCGCGAGGUCACAAGGACUCACGGAAACAGAGACUACCAUCAGCGAGCAAGACGCGGUCGAGGACAGCGGCAGCGAUGAUGCGGCCGAUCCUUGCCACGUCCGCUCAUCUGACGUAUCCCACGGCAACAGCGACGGCAGUCUUGCUAGCUUGGACCUUCAAGAAACGGAUGACAGUGACCUCUCCGACACUUCGUCGAGCAACAACGACAGUGACGACGAAUUCGAUAAACACGACAUCUGUGAAGAGUGCACAAGCUUCGCCUUCCCCGAAACGAUACCGACGCCGCGUUCCCGGGAUGCGUGGCGACAGUCGCCCACGACAACGGGCGGUGUCAGUGGCAAUCGCGCGUUCACCCGUUGGCCUGCGCUUCGCAGCGCGUCUGGCCCUGUAUUAACUUCGCCGGGCUCGCGGCGCGCGAUGUCCCUGAGCGCCCGUCUGUGUCGCACUUCUGCGUCAUCCGUGUCCCACACCCUGGGGCCACUGAAAGAGCGAGGAACUCACAGCCUUCGCUCGCUGCGAUCGGCGGCCUCCUCCACGUGCUCUGGGCUCGUGUCGCGGCUCUCCGUCGGCGAGAGUAGCGGCGCCCUCAAAGUGCGCCCCAGCAUCUGGCCUGGGCUCUUGGGGACACGUGAGCUCGCAUCUCAAGGCGGGGGGCGCGGGAGCGACGACGCACCUGCGACGACGGCUAGGCAGCCUAAAGACAAAACACAGAGGAAGCGCCACAGACGUUUCCAGAGUUGGGGUGAGAGAAGAGAGGAUUUGAAAAGCUGCCUAAGCCUAGGGGACAAAACAGGGAGCCCGGGAGGCCUCCCGACAGCCCUGAGGGCAAGAGAGGAAGACGGGGGCAACGAAGGCAACAAAAUGGACAAAUGCAGCGCGAACGAAUUGCGUUCACUGUCUGAAGCCGCCAAUGACGAAGACAGGGCAUACAGGGACACGGCGUUACCUUCUGGUCUGCGGGCCUUUAUUCUUCGGCCGCCGGGAAGCCUAGUCUUACGAGGGGGGCAGCGCCGAACCGAAGAGCGACUAGGCUCGCACGAGGCACACGCCAGGGCUGCUCCACGCGAGAGGACGCGCCACGUAGAAGCCGACUGGGAAACAGCUUGGGAGGCCGCGCAGAGCCAACACCUGUCUCGGCACGCGGCUCCAACAGGGCAACGGGGCUGUGGGCUGCCAGAGCGUUUCACUGCCUGUUUCGUGCGCUGUCGGACCUCCUUUCCGAGACUUGGCAGCCAGUCGCGUCCUCUUGGGAGGCCUAAUUUGUGGGCGUCUGCGUUGUCCACAUUGGAGCGAGUCACUGAGGCGGAAGCGCAUGCAUCGUCGCCGUCGAAAAGUGGAUUGAACGCAGUCGCGUACGGUUGCCGCAAACGGCUGUCGUCAGAAACGACCGCUCGGCGCCAAGUGAAUUCCCAGCCGACGCGGAAGCGAUCACUAUGUUGUUUAGCGGAAGCGAGAGAAAAUGCCUUCGGGUUUGGAUUGGGGAGGGGAGUGGAACGCUGCCACUCUUCCCCAGAGUCGUUCAAUCGUCUGUCAGGGCUUCCUGAAAAAGAAUGUUCGUUUCCCUUUCUAUGGCACAAAGUUUGCCUUGCCCCAGGUGAAGGCGACAUGCGUGAAGAAUGGCUUGUCUGUCCGCGUGAGCAAAAACGUGAGCACCAGCGCGUGUCUGCUCACGUAGGAGGUGGCCUAAUAAGCCCCUCCGCAGAACAAGGGCGCUAUCAGGAUCGCUGCGGUUUUGGCAGAUCUAUCAACUAUGAACCGGAUGCUGACGCAGAUUUGGGAAGCAUAGUCAACGACCAUGAGAGGGCAGAGCGACACCCUCGCGCUUCUGCCUCAUUCUUUCCUGCCCUCGCCAAUGUUACAUUCAAUUUAGAAGUGCAAGCUCAAGGCUGUGGAGUGUCCCUCGUAGAUGAUACGCCUCGCGAGCUUCUCUACAUCGGGGCCUCGGGGAUACGAGUCGCUGCGCGUUGUGCAGGCAUCCCUAAGCCGUGCGAUCUCUCUGAAUCCUCCACAAGGCAACACGGGAGCACGCCAGCCUCCUUCGCCGCGGCAAGCCGUGAGGAAGUUGCAUUUGACGCAGGCGCAACGAGGCAUGCGUCUGGACGGGCAGACUUCCUCUUUUCGGUGCAGAAACUGCAGGUGGAUAAUGGAACCCGCGGCGCCCGCCACGAGACGGUUCUAAGGCCGUGCACGGAGGACGAACUCCUGCAGCAUCAAGCCACAGGAGAAAACAAGAAGUCGAAGACCGCAGCAACACUGGGGGAGGGAAUCCUCACUGGUGCGCAGGUUGAGAAUAUCAUUACAAGCUCGAUUCAGCCAUAUAUUCGCUGGGGAAACGCGACCAGAGAGAGACAUGGGGCUAGCAUCCAAUUCAGCAGACGCGAUCACAUGCGCACAAGCGGCAGUCCGUGGGACAAGCAUGCGGAGCGGCGCAGUCGACACGCGCUCGCUCAGCCUAACGAGGGCGGCGCCGAGGCGAGCCUGGAAGGGCAUGACGGUGGUUUCCUGCGAGUGCAGUUCGGGGGGCGAUCCGGGAAAGAAGCGACCGUGCUCCAUUAUUUUGACUGCGCUCUGGCGCCAGUAUCCAUCCACGUGGAGGUCGACACAACGUUCGAACUCAUACGGUAUCUUCUGCGCUUCGUCCAGCUGCGCAACAUGUACCUUCGAGCUCUCCAAGCAACGAGUAUCCGCGAGGUUCGUGAAGCAUCAAGUCUGGAUCCGUACACAGAAGGUUUCCGAAAGCUUCGCUCUCUGCCCCGCGUCCCGCCCAUUAGGAUCGCAUAUAAAAAGCCUCUCUACGUGCGCACAUUUUGCAUCCGGCCCAUUCAGAUUCUUCUGUCGACCCGGGCUCCGCGAGAGCACAAGCGGCACUUAGGAAUGACAGGGAGAGACAUUGUCGCUCUGAAGCGUUUCCAGGUCGUUGGCGGAGGCAUGACGGAUGUCACAAACUUUCCGAUGAAGUUCCGCCUGGUCCUUCAUCAGGCACUCUUCAACACGACCGACCAGCUGGGCGAAGCACUGCUGCGGCUCUACGCCCAGCAAGGCUUACGACAGGUACAUAAGUUGGUCGCGUCCAUCGACAUUAUCGGUAACCCACUUGGCCUUGUUACCAAUCUCUCGGCCGGAGCCAGGGCGCUUGUCAGGGAGCCGUGGAUCAAAGGACCGGAUAACGCAGAUGAAGUCGCCGAUACACCACGAGCUGCUCUCUGGCGAGGCAUAAGAUAUUUCCUAGCAGCCGUAGGAAGUGGCCUAUGUGGCUCCGUGAGCAAGCUUGUUUCAGGCCUCUUUCGGCUCUUCGAGAUGCUCCGCCUCGUCGACGGCGACAGCCUACGGGGCAUGUGGCCAGCUGCUGUCCGUGUCACUCGAGACGGGAUUGAGAAUCCACGCAAUUUCUUCGACGGAAUGAAGUACGGCUCCCUGGGUGCCUUGCAGCUUCUGUUUGCGUCUUGGAUAGGCGUAGUUGUGUACCCCUUGCGGGGCGCCCGGGAGACUGGGCCCCUAGGGCUCGUGACGGGCCUUGUCCAUGGCAUGACAUCUCUGUUCUUCGGCACCUUCGGCGGCUGCUUGAACCUUAUUCAGAGCGUUGCCCACGGCAUAUACCAGUCGCUCACGCACGCCCAAACCAUCUACCGUAUUCGGCCUGCUCGCUGCUUCCCAGCCGACCACACCAUUCAACAGUACGGCUUCCACGUAUCUCGCGCAAUGAAGAUACUUCGAGAUAGUUUUCCUGCAGCUGCAGCUGGUAGCCUGCAACCCAUCGAAGCGGCCCUUCCGCUGCCGAGAAUGCUGCCCCCUCGCGGAUCCGGCGUCUGUCUUAGCUCGGUUCCAAGAACCCUGGCGGCUCUACCCGUCAGGCCUGAAGUGACCACUGGGUCUACUAACGCAUACCCGAUAGCGGCGGAGGCUGAUCCACUAAGCCGCGCCCGCGGCAGGGACGCGGGCGAGGCGUGCGAGGUCUGUGCGGCGAGAGUUAAAUUUGUGGGACAAAGGGAAGUGCUUAGGAACGCCAUAGUUCUGGGCGCUACCGCGUGUUUUUGCAAGCCCGAGGUCCCGCUGCAGCGACACGCAACUUUGGCUGUAGCUCCAGAAAGCGGCCUGAAAGACGGCUGCGGGAUAGGUCAGGAAUCCCGACGACUCGGCUGUGAUAGGCGGUCGGCUGGCGGUGCUCGGCAGCACAACACCAGUUCGAUGAUUCCCGGAGGCCCUACCGCCGAAGGUGACUCGGGAGAGGCUCAGGACUAUGUGGCCGCAACGGCAGAAAUGGUUCUGUUUAUUCGAAACGGCCGCGCUCAGUGGGUAGCUCGCAAAUGUGAUAUCUCCGAUGUCAACGUGUUUUGCAGUUCUUCCGUCCAUUGCGUGCCUGAGCCGGAUGGCGUCACGGGAGCAGGAGGGGCCGACCCUGGGCUGAGUGGGCGGCUAGGCGAAAGCAGCACGAGGGCGACGACUCAUUGUUCUAGUUCUGCAGACUGGGAUGCGUGGCGACCCCGGACAGGAGCCAGGCCUCUUACUGCCGCACCCUCCCCGCUUCUUCAGAUGCAAAGCCGAGCCGAAUCUUCAUCCUCACGUGAGCACCUGCCUUUGCAAGCUCGGCUUCUCUCUCCGGAGAGUGUAGGCCAGCGGGACCCAAGGGCGUGGCUUCGUACAACCGUCGACGACGCUGGGGUAGACCCUCUGGCGCAACAUCACGAGCUGCCGUUUUCCAAGGCCGAUGUAGCGAGCAGGAUAUAUCGACGCCGGCCGAGUCUGGAUAUGAGGCACGUGGCUGAUACGUCUAUGCAAGACGAGAGAUCCGGAGGCCUCCAGGAGCUUCCCGAGACUGAAAAUGAGAGGAAAGUUCUUUGUGAGACUGCCACACCGGGAGGCAGCUUGCCUAUUUCCUCGCCGUCGCCCUCUACGGCUUCGUGCGAGGAGAUUAUUGUUCGUGUUACCGUUGUCAAUCGAGCCGGCCUGCCGAAGGAUGUGCUCACAGACCCUCAUUCGGCGUAUCGAACAUACGUACAAGAAGGUAGUGGCCAAAAAGGGGAGGCUGAACACGUCAUUGGGCAAGGCAGCCGGAGGUGGAUGACUGCGAAAGGUCUUCUCCAACAGGUUCUGGUAGGCAGCGACAAGCUUGCAGAGUCCUACGCCGAAUCUCAGUAUCUUGGAGAAAAGCACCUGUCUUUAAUGAGAAACAGGUACGGGUCAAGUAGGCGGAACAGUGUUACUGUCGAAACUCCCGGCCUUCCCGGAAACUACCUGCGGACUCACGACUUUCUGACCGCCGAACGUGUUUCUGCUCGUUUUUCGACGGCGACCCGAACGCGUACGAGCCUCGAUGGAACACACACCGCAGGUCAAUAUGCUUCGGGCGAGAAGGGCCAGGAAGGGUGCGAAGCUGCUGGGAGCGGCUCUACAAUCAAUCCAGAGCGGGGAGUUGCACGCCGAGAUCGCAACAGGGACCUCAGUGAACGGGGCUCCAGACUAUUGAGCGCCCCGGGAAAUGAAACGUCGGCCGUGCGCCAUGCCCAGAGGACGAAUACAAGCCAGCAUACUACAAUGGAAUUUGAGCGAUUUCUUUUUUCCAGCCCGGCCUCGGGCGGAGACAGGAGCAAUGGAAGAGAUUCCGAGCACCACCUUGACGCAUGUCGGCGAGCCAUGCGACAACCGCCAGGUGUUGAGUCCUCGCCACGUUUUAGCUCAACACACGAUGAAGAUACGCGUUUGUACGCUGUAGUAGUUGACGGAGAGGACGACGAGCAUCACGGUUGCCUUUCUGAGAGGGACAAACAUCUGGAAAACUGUGUCGACGAGAGAAACCUAGAACAAACUCGCCAUGCUAAGGCACCGCAGAUGCCCCCAUGGGCCCGCGGCGACGGUGAUGAGAUGUCGGACAUGGAUGGAGUAGAGCAAGCUGACGUCCUCAGUAGAGGUGGUCAACGGGAGAACGGGAAGAGGAAGACUCAAACCAAAACGGAGAGGAAGAAGCCGCAGAAGUGUCAGGUCUCAGAGAGCGCUACCGCCAUGUUGCACCGCAUGGUUACGCGGUGGCGCAACAAAUCUGCGGAAAUACCACUGACGGUGACGUUCGAAGUGAGGGUGACCGACUGGUGGAGCGCUGCCGAGAUCUUCGCCUUUAUAUCGCCAUUUGCGCAGGCUGCUUUGAAGCAUGGACGGUCGUAUGAAGCUCAUUGA